UCACUUGAAUUUUCGGUUGAUUCAGAAGACAGAAGAUGAGAGAAUUGAUUAUAAAUCUAACCAAUAGAACAUUAACGAAAAUUGAUCCAGGAAAAUGGAUGAUGAUGAUGAGUAAAUUAUUGCGUACACGAGAACCGGAUUCAACAGCCACCGAUCAACAACAAACAACUACAAAACUUGAAAAAUGUCUCAAAACACGAGAUUUAGUGUCGCUUGGCGUUGGCAGCUGUGUAGGAACCGGAAUGUAUCUAGUGGCCGGAAUGGUUGCCAAAAAUUUAGCCGGACCUGCUGUGAUCAUUUCAUUCUUAAUUGCUGGUAUUGCAAGCCUUUUAUCGGGCGUUUGUUAUGCCGAAUUUGGUGUUCGAGUGCCAAAUACUUCAGGCUCAGCCUAUAUGUAUAGUUAUGUGACUGUAGGUGAAUUCAUUGCCUUUGUCAUUGGAUGGAAUAUGAUUCUUGAAUAUCUAAUUGGAUCUGCAGCCGGUGCUGCAGCAAUUAGCGCCUGUAUUGAUUCAAUGUAUAAUGGUCAUAUAACAUUAUGGAUCAGAUCCAAAUUCGGUACAUUCAUUGGCCAUACACCGGAUAUAUUUGCAGCAAUUAUAACCAUUAUAAUGACAUUAAUAUUGGCAACUGGAGUGAAAAAAUCCCUUAUGUUUACAAACAUUUUAAAUGCAAUUAAUUUUAGUAUUUGGUUUUUCAUUAUUGCUUCAUCAUUAUUUUAUUUGGAUUUUGAUAAUUGGUCUGAAACUGGUGGUUUUGCACCAUACGGUUGGUCAGGUAUAUUGAAUGGUGCUGCAACUUGUUUUUAUGCAUUUAUUGGUUUCGAUAUAAUUGCUACCACUGGUGAAGAAUCAGAAAAUCCACAACGUUCAAUACCGACGGCCAUUGUUACCAGUAUGAUUAUAGCAUUAAUUGCAUAUAUUUCAUCAGGUUUAAUAGUAACAUUGGUCAUACCAUAUUGGCAGAUCGAUACAAAUUCACCAAUAAUUGAAAUGUUUGCCGAUGUUGGCGCAAAUCGUUGUAAAUUUUUUGCUGCCAUUGGUGCUUUGGCUGGUCUUUUUGUUUCAAUGUUUGGUUCAAUGUUUCCAAUGCCUCGUGUUGUAUAUGCAAUGGCUAAAGAUGGUUUAUUAUAUCAAGAAUUUGCACAAAUAUCACCAUUUACAAAUACACCGGUUAAAUCAACAUUAAUAUUUGGUUCAUUCACAGCUUUUAUUGCAUUAAUCAUGUCAUUGGAAGUAUUGGUAGAAAUGAUGUCAAUUGGAACAUUAAUGGCCUAUACAUUGGUGUCAACCUGUGUAUUAUUAUUACGUUAUCAGCCAACAAAAACGAAUCUGAUUGAAUUAUUACCACAAUCAAUACGUUCAGCAUGUGUUACACCAAAUAAAGAGAUUCCACCUUCGUUUGUUCAACAACAACAUUAUCCGCCACCGCCUUCAUUUGUUUGUCCAUCAACAACAACAACAGCAGCAACAAUAACAUCGAUGAAUCAAAUGUCUAGACAACAAUGUUAUUCGAAAAAAAUUUAUGAAUCAUCCGACAGUGGUGGUGGUGAUGAUUAUGAUCCAAAUUGGUCAAGACAAGGUAGUAAAGAUGAUGAAUUUCUUGUACCCGGUACAGCUGGUCUACAAUAUGGUUCAGUACCAUAUCAACAUGGUGGUAGCAGUAGCCGUCGUUAUGGUAUACUUGAUAAAUAUGAAAAAUUAUUAAUGUAUCUAUUCCCAUAUGGUUGGCAAGUAAAUACACCGGCAACAGAAGAAAGUGGAAUGUAUGUUGCACGUUUAGUUGGAAUAUUUCUUUUACUUGUACUUAUAUUCGAUAUACAAUUGGCCUGGCAUAUAAAUUCCAUAAAUUGGAAUAAUAAUCGUUUAUUAUUCCUAUUAUUUAUGGUUUUAUUCAUCUCAAUUAUUGUUAUUAUACUAGCCAUAUCUAGACAGCCACAAAUCAGGUGUAAUUUGAAAUUCAAAGCGCCUGGAGUUCCAUUCGUGCCUGCCAUUGCAAUUAUUAUAAAUAUUUAUCUUAUAUUGAGACUUUCAAUAUUAACAUUGGUACGAUUCAUCAUUUGGAUGACUAUUGGUUUAUUCAUUUAUUUUGGCUAUGGAAUCAAUCAUAGUAUUUUGGAACAACAAGAACAACAACAACAACAACAGCAAACAACAACAAAUGAUAAUGAUAAUAAUGGGCAACAAAUUUUUAAUGGUAUCAAUAUUAAUCAAUUUCAUUCACAGCAGCAGCAACAACAGCAAACAAUGGAAUUGAAAAUACCGGCAAAUCGUUUAGCGCAAACAUUUAAUAAAAAUAACCUUAUCAUAAAUCCACCAAUAAAAUCGACGACAACAACAACAUCAUCAUCAUCAUCAUUUACAAGAACUGAUUCAAUCAGUCAAAAACCACCGUUACCACCAAGACCAAAAAAUCGACCACAACCAACAUUGAAACAUCAACAAUCAUCCACAACAAAAUGGGAAACGUUUGAUUAGAAAAAAAAAGAAAAUUAUUAUCCGUCGAUAUCCGAAAUAUAAUAAUGAUGAUGAUCAUUCAUGAUCAUUGUUGACAUAAAUUGCAGAACAACAACAACAACAACAACAAAAACAAGAUGAAUAUAUUGUUUUGCCUUUAUAUUCGUAUUCGUAUUAAUCAACAAAAUAGCUUAUUGGCUGUAUUUUUGCAAAAUUUUCAAACAGAAAAUAUUUUUCAUUGAAAUAUUGUGAAUCCGAGCUUAGUGAAUCAUUAUUUUAGCUGCUUCUGUUGUUACUGAAUUUUUUUCCCUGUUUUCUGUUUUCUCAUUCAUUCACUACACCAUCGUUUCGAUAUAUGAAUCUUUACCAUCGUGUUUUGUUUAAUAUUAUAUUCAUCAUCGUCCAUCAUCAUUCAUUGUCAUCAUUCAUUCAUUCAUUUGUUUGUUUGUUUUUUUGUUUGUUGUUGUUGUUGUUUUUCAUUUCACCAAAAGAUUUUAUCAAGAACUAUACACACCAAACAGAAAAAAACAUACUUGCCCCACACACACACACACACACACACACACAUACUAGAUAGUGAAUAAUGGAAUGAAUUUUUUUUUUUUUUUUGUUUCUUUGAAUUUUCUGCCAAAACUUACAACAAUUUGUCUUCGUUUUCGUUAUUUGUUCAUCUGGAACACAGUAUAUUCAAUAAUAAUAAGAGAAUAUUCUUAUGAAAGAAAGAAAGAAAGAAAGAAAAGAAAAAAUCAAUGAACAAAAAUAGAAUUGUUGGUCAAAAUUUUGAGGCUUUUUUUCAAACACACCCACCACCACCACCACAACCAACAUCAUCAUCAUCAUCAUCAUCGUUGUUGUUGUUGUUGUUUAUUCCAUACACGCCCCAAUUCACUUGAGCUUUUUGAUUGUUCCAAAAAACAAAACAAAACAAAAAAAUUCUUUUUCCCAUUUCUUUCAUUUUAUUUUCUAUGUUUGUUUGUUAUAAUUAGAUUAGAUUUAGAGAACUUGAGACAUUUUUUUUUUGUUUGUUUGUUUGAUUUCGAUACUUUUUAUUCGAAUUGUGUGUGUGUGUGUGACUUAAUACAAUUUUCCGCUAAAUUACUUGUUUCAAAAAAAAAAAAAAAAAAAAAAAAAUUUCAUCAUCAUCAUCAUCAUCAUCAUCUUACCUUGAAACGAAA